GCGGCAGGUUACCAGUGCAUAUCGAGCCACACAUCGGCGAAGUCUCUGUGGAGCUACAGUUGUGCUGUGUACGUCUGCUGUUUUGCUUACAAAUCGCCACAUUCCUUUUCAAAAGUUGGCUAUCAACUUCUUUUAAAAACUCUACAAGUCUUUUGCCUACACCAACCAUGAGUUCUUCAGUAUUCUUCAUCUUUGCCCUUCUAGCCUGUCUUGGUACCCUGUGCAGUGCGCAGAUCAAGUGCUAUGAAUGCUUUUAUGAUCAAAACGACCCUAAAAAUUCACCUUGCUGGACGGAUGUUACAAGUGCACCAGACGUGACAGAGAUAGACUGCGAAUCAUACUGCUAUUCGGAGACUUUCCAGUCUGGAGGCCCAUCCGUUGACUCCAACUACUGGUUCAUCCGACGAGGCUGUGCUGGCAAUCAGGACGCCACCUGCUCGGACUCUGACAACUGCAAGAACGAGGCGUGGGGAGCCUGCAAGCGGUGCUGCUCAGGCGACAAAUGCAACACCGACUCUCCGGCUGGCUCCAACGUGGUCAAGGCCAGCCUCUUGCUGGCACUCUCUGCUGCCGCCCUUGCAAAAUGGCUGAACUAAGAUCCGAUCAGUUUUGAAAAGCAUUUCUUUUUUCUCUUCCAUGUUUCUGUUUUUUUCUCCUUCAUUUGCAGUCAAUUUUUUUUAAGCAUUCAAGGUUAACCUAGAAGACCUCCAACACAAGGUGUCGUCCGCUGGCUUAUAUAGACAGAGAAAAGUCUGAAAUUCCAGAAUUUGAAAGGGGUCCACCUAACUUAUGUAUACAUGUACAUGUAUUUGAACAAGCAUAGCAUGCAGCUGCUUUGUUGACAUGCACUUGCAUACAGUUCACUUGUGGGAUGCAAGUAGAUUCAUGAGAAUACCAAAGAGAUUAUGGCAGAUGCCACAAACUGUAGAUGGUAAACCAUGAUACAGAGAUGUUAUAUAUUGCUGCCAUGUUUCUGCUAACUGCUUUUGUUACAUUACUGAGGGGAUAGCACAAAAGGUGGACUCAUAUGUAUCCCUGGCGCACAAAAGGUCUUACCAGAAGAAAUGGCUGCCAUGCACUACCUGUAUUAUGCAGGUGGAUAAGUUCAAGUCAUUGCCAGCACUUUGCAGUUUACUGCCUCUUACCCGGCCACCCUACUCUUUAUUGGCUCUGUGUGCCUGCACUUCAUUAUAGCAAGAAGCAUGCAGUAAAGUGCUCUGCGCCAAAGAAUAAAGGCAUUGUCAGAGUGAAAGGUAAAAACUACCUGCAACCAAGCCUGAUUUAAUGGCCAAUGUUUAAUGUUCAUCCCCAGAAUUGGAGUGGGUGAAAUUGAUACAUAUGCCUCAUCCUUGAUUGACUUGAAACGGUUGUUGUUUUAAUUGUUACGCCCAUUUACAAUAAUUUUUAUCUGGUUUCUUCUUUCCUCGGUAUCAAUUUAUGUUGGAGACAGGUUGUGCUUGAUUUCUUUUUGUUGAAGAUUUUUGUACUCAUUUUGUUUUGUUCAUAAUUCAGUUUAUGGAGAAAGACUUAUCGGGUGUAAAUAUAAUAUUUGUUGAAUGAGCACAAAUAUCUUGUAGGAAUAGUGUUUACUUGUAAUCUGUACCGUACGGAUGAGUAUGGUUUAGCAAGUAUGUGAAAAACGCGGAUGCAAAUUGCCUUAAACUGUUAAAUAAUGCAAAUAAAUUGGUAGCAUUUUCGACAGCCUACGUGUGCACGUGCGUGAAAGAUUUUACAGACAAAAAAGAAUGAAUCAAUGGUUAUUUCAUAUACACGUACCUUCCAUCGUCACAUUUUAACAGAUCUUGACGGCAAUGAAAUAGGGCACAUUGUGGAAACUGAGAUUGUUAGGUUUUAUAGUUUUAUAUUAUAAGUAGAUUUGAAUAAAUGAUACGCUGUAAAUUGGGGUUGCUUUAACAAUGGUUUUGGUAUUUCUGUGUUGAUAUUACAUGCAUGCCAUAGAUGGUAGUAUUUAUACUCGUGCUUUUUUCAAGCUAUAAACUUUAAGCGUGUUAAAGUCCUGCAAUUUUCUGGGUUUUAAAGUGUCUUUCAAAGUUGCAAUUUGCUGGUUUACUUUGAAAGUGGUUGGCCUGUUUCUCACUUAGGAUUGCACCUUAGAGCAUGCAUCCAUGUUUUAAUUAUAGGACCCGCAUAAUGUCACAUGUGACAGCCUGCUGCUGAUUGAAAACUCUUGAGAAACUUUUAUACAGUCAUUUCAAAAUAAAAGGACAAUAAAAUAUAAGCAGAAUCCUAAUCUAUGCAGUUUACGGGGGAAAAAUAAUGACAUUCGUGUUUGAUUUAUAAGUGACAACUACAUGUAUCCUGUUGUUUGUUUUUUUCUAGAGGAAAGGAAGUAAUUUAUAUUUGUAUCACUGCACUAUAUAUAACUUGUCUUUGCACCAUUGUUCUUUUUACUGAACCUGUAAUAUCGAAGUGCUCUAUUUUUUCUACUUUUGUGUCAUUUCGCUCACCAGUUUCUUUCUUGAUUGCAAUUUAUUUGGGUGACUUACUCUAGCCUACAAAUUUAGGGAAAUUACUAGUGACUGCCUUGUUUUACACCAAAACUACUCUUAAAAAGUCUUUAUAAGCAGUAAUCAUACCAAAAUGAAUCAAUAUGCUUUACGUAUUCACUCGCAGAUAUUUUAUGUGCUGGGUGUAAUUAUGUUUACACGUGUUAGCCAAGAACCAUCUCAUUCAUAACUUUCCAAUCAAUCGGUAGGCACCAGGAAGUUUCAGUUUAGAUUUCUUUUUUUUUACACUUAACCUGUGAUUUUCAUGUUUGAUAAUAAAUGAGAUUUUUACUUCAGAA